AUGUCUUCAAACCCCAUUGACAGUCUCUCUUCAAUGUUAGGUGGAGACGUGAUGAACAAUCUUGGACCAGGCAGCGCCGGAGGAAAUUCUCAAGGCUUUAUUGGGUCCUUCUUGUUCUCUGCAUCUUCUGUCUUGAACAAUGACACAUUGUUCUGGAGUGGAAAUAUGACUGACCAAUAUAUCAAGAAUCAAGUUCAAUAUUUAGUGGUGAAUUAUUUUCCUUCGUUUCUAGUCAACUCUGCCAUUUUUCAAUUCUUUAUUUCCUCAUUUUUCCUCUUCUUUUUAGGUAAUCAAAUUUUCUCUGCAGGUAUUGCCUUGUUAAUAGCUAGUUCUAUUUGGAAAGUGAUAGAGGACAAGCUUUAUGGUAUUUAUUACUUUUUUAAAGACUUUUUCGUAUGCUCUUUAGAAAUUAAGGAGUUGGAAAAUUAUCGAUUCAAUACUAUUUAUUUGUGUCUCAUUUCGUGGAUGAGUGAAAAUCCAAAUUUUGAAUCUGCUAAACAUUUUACUGUUCAUGCCAAAUGUGAUCUCACUGAUUCCUACCGUAAUAAGGAACAACAGGAAAAUGAUGUACAACUCGUACUUGCUCCUGGACCUGGAAGUCACACAUUGAAUUACAAGGGUUAUCGAGUUACGAUUCAAAGACAAGAUCCAACCAAUGACAAUGAUCCAGACAGUAACAACAAGAAGGGAGAUGUUCAAAAAUUAGUUCUCUCUGUAAAUGCUUGGAACGGAAAGAAAAUUCUUCAUGAUUUGGUUGAGGAAGCAGUGAAGGCCUAUUUCCAAAGUGCAAAAGGAGUAACCUCCAUUUACACCAUGUCUGAUAAUUAUUACAAUGAUUGGCAAAAGUUGUGUGAUCGUCCCAAUCGAUCCUUCGACACUGUUUACAUUGACCAAACUGUUAAAACCCAUUUAUUGAAGGAUUUGGAUCGAUUCAUGAACAAUGAACAAUUUUACAGAGAAAAUGGUUUAAAUUUCCAAAGAGGAUAUUUAUUAUAUGGAUAUCCUGGAACUGGUAAAACUUCCUUAAUUUUGGCCGUGGCUGCUUAUUUGCAAUGCUCAGUAUUCACCUUGUCAUUGAGUGAUAAGAGUUUAGAUGACACUAAACUCAUGGCAUUGAUGACUCAAAUUCCAAGAAGGGGUAUUAUUCUUUUAGAGGAUAUUGAUGCUGCUUUUAAUGAGAAUAGAAAAGCUUCAGACGAUGUUCAGAGAGUGACAUUUUCAGGUUUAUUGAAUUCUCUCGAUGGUGUGACUUCACAUUCACAAUUUCCAAGAAUUAUUUUCAUGACAACCAAUCAUCUGAAUCGAUUGGAUCAAGCUCUUAUUCGACCAGGAAGAAUUGAUAUGAAAAUUGAAUUUGGAUACUCCUCAAGCGAUCAAAUUUAUCAAAUGGCCAAUCGAUUCUUUAAGAAUGAAGAACUUGCUACCAAGAUUGCUCAACUUUUACCACAACAAAAACUCACUACUGCUGAAGUUCAAACUUAUUUGAUGAGAUUUAUUUAUGAACCUGAGGAUUGUCUUUUACAUGUUGAGGAAUAUCUUGAGGAAGUUGAAGAUUUGAGAAAAAAGUUGGCAAAGAAGGAAGAAGAAGAAAAGGAAGAAGAAGAAAAGAACGAAAAGGAAGUAAACGAUAAAGAAGACAGUAAGGAAAAGAACACAGACGAGGCUCUUGUCAUUUCUACUGAGAACAAAGAAACCAAUGGAUAG